CCCGGGCCGGACGCUGAGGCGGAGAAGACGCACCUCCUGGCUUCCGGCGCGGUCUUGCGCAGCGGCCUGUCCCCGCACUUGGAAGCAUUAAUUAGAGGCCGUUGUUGAGAUCUUGGACCCGCGACUUGGGGCCUGGGGAGCAGCCCAGCUGGUGGGGGUCCUGAUUGCCAGGGAGGCCGUGGGCCGGACAUGUGCUUGUUCCUGUCCAGAUCAGGCACCGUAACUGGGGGCUUGUGAGGAAGGCUGUACACGCGGCAUCUUUGCGGGAUGUUAACACUUUUACAUGGGUUCUCAAAGGGAUCUGUGUCCUCUGGAGGCUAAGACGCCCGCAGGCCAACCAAAGGGAUACUCUGGGUCUAGUCAAGUCUGGGGGCUUGGGGGGGUGCAGCUGCCGGGUAUCAGUUUCCUACUCUGGAGAGGCGAGUCCCCUAAUGUCACACUGGAUUCUGGGAGGGAGCAGCCGGGGGAGCGGUGUCGGGGCUGGAGAUCCUCAGGGGCCCCUCCCCCUGAUUCCUCUCCCGCGAUGACUGAGGGUUCUGAGUCAGGGUUUGGGUGGCCACACCCUGGGCUGGGGGUGGGUGGCAGGCCUGGUUUUGCUCACGUGCUCUGGCCAGUGGGCUGGGCGGCGUCUCCCUGGGAUGGCCCCUCCCUGGGAUGGUACGGGAAGUGGCCAGUUACCCGUGCCCUCGCCUUAGUUUCUUAGUAGGCCCCUCUGCUGGGACAUGAACACGUGAAUCCGAAUCUUACCUGAUCAUUGGCACCAGGGGCCUCCCAGGAGGAAUGUACCUAGAGCCUUUGCCUGGGCUGGCCCUCCUCCCUGCUGUGGGCUCGAACCAGCCGGGGGCCGGCAGGGGGCAUGCCCUCUUCAGCAAGGCCGGGGCUGUGCCAGGCACGGACACAAACACGAGUGAAGUAUUGUUCUCAGGAAUCUGGGGGUUUUGGGGAACCGGGAACCUCACAUGGGUCUGAGUCAUCCUGUCUCCAGAGAUCUGGAAAGGCAUGGCUUCCAGGCGCGGGUGUUUACUGAACUUCCUGUUGCUCUUGACUGAAAGCCCGCUCCCGGGCACCCCCCAGCUCACGGCUGCCGCUGGGUUCCUCUCCUGCUGGCCACCCCUUCAGGGCCACAGUCGGCACCCGCCCAGGGCUCUGGUUACUCAUUUGUUCAGGCGCUGUGUGUGGCCCUGGUGAGGCUUCAGGGCCUGUGACCUCCCAUCUCAGACCUGCUGGCCAGAGGCCUCCCUCUUUUCUCAGCCUGCUUGGUGGACUGGCUUCUUUGUGGGCUGGUCCCUGGGCUGAGCCGGGGUUGGGCAGAGGACGUGCCCUGUCCAGAGUCCCAGGCCCAGAAGGGGCUCAUGGAAACAGGCGCCCCGGGCGGCCACCCAUGAAGGCACCAUCCGGAGCGCAGGUCACUGGACCUGGGGUCCCCACCCUGCCUUCUCUGUCCUGGCCAGGGCGCUUGUGGCUGGCACCCCUCAGGAACUGCCGGCUGACCACCUGACAGGGCUGCUUCAGGGCAGUGAGGCCUCAGGUGCUGGCAUCCUGGGCGCGUCUGGCUUUGUGGAUGCCGGCCAGGUGGGGCUGUGUGCUGCCUUCCUGUUCUCGGAGGGGAGAAGUCACAGAUUGGGGCCCCUGCGCCCUCCUGGCUGGGGUCUGCACACUGUCCGGGCCCACAGGCGCCACCUCUCCCCGCCCCCCGCCACCUGUCCUUGCUGGCAAGGCAGAGGCAGGGCUUCGGGCGGUGAGCGCCGGUCUCCCCUUCCUCAGGUGGGAGGUGCCCGGGAGGCUGGGGGGUGAGAGCGGCCUCUGUCCCCGCAGCCACGUCCCCCAGCUCUGCGGUCCGUGGCAGUCUUUGCCCGGGAGCCCUCUCCCAUUUCUGCUUCUGGAGGCUGACGUGGAUAAAGGCAGCACCUCGCCUCCCACCAUGAAGCUCGACAUCCAGUGUGAGCAGCUGAGUGACGCCCGGUGGACAGAGCUCCUGCCUUUGAUCCAGCAGUACGAGGUGGUCAGGCUGGACGACUGUGGCCUCACGGAGGUGCGGUGCAAGGACAUCGGUUCCGCGCUCCGGGCCAACCCCUCCCUGACGGAGCUCAGCCUCCGCACCAAUGAGCUGGGCGACGGCGGCGUGCACCUGGUGCUCCAGGGCCUGCAGAGCCCCACCUGCAAGAUCCAGAAGCUCAGCCUCCAGAACUGCUGCCUGACGGAGGCCGGCUGCGGGGUCCUGCCCGGCGUGCUGCGCUCCCUGCCCACCCUGCAGGAGCUGCACCUCAGCGACAACCCGCUGGGUGACGCCGGCCUGCAGCUGCUCUGCGAGGGGCUCCUGGACCCGCAGUGCCACCUGGAGAAGCUGCAUCUGGAGUACUGCAACCUGACGGCCGCGGCCUGUGAGCCCCUGGCCGCGGUGCUCAGGGCCACACGGGACCUGAAGGAGCUCGUGGUGAGCAAUAAUGACAUGGGCGAGGCUGGCAUCCGGGAGCUGUGCCGGGGCCUGGCGGACUCCGCCUGCCAGUUGGAGACACUCAAGCUGGAGAACUGCGGCCUCACGCCGGCCAACUGUAAGGACCUGUGUGGGAUCGUGGCCUCCCAGGCCUCGCUGAACGAGCUGGACCUGGGCAGCAACCCGCUGGGCGAUGCAGGCAUCGCGGAGCUGUGCCCUGGGCUGCUGAGCCCCGGCUCCCAGCUCAAGACCCUCUGGCUCUGGGAGUGUGACAUCACCGCCAGUGGCUGCAGAGACCUCUGCCGCAUCCUCCAGGCCAAAGAGACCCUGAAGGAGCUGAGUCUGGCGGGCAACAGUCUGGGUGACGAGAGCGCCCGGCUGCUGUGCGACAGCCUGCUGCAGCCGGGCUGCCAGCUGGAGUCCCUGUGGGUGAAGUCCUGCAACCUCACGGCCGCCUGCUGCCACCACUUCGGCUCGAUGCUGACCCAGAACAAGCGUCUCCUGGAGCUGCAGCUGAGCAGCAACCAGCUGGGCGACUCGGGCGUCCAGGCACUGUGCCAGGCCCUGGGCCAGCCCGGCACCACACUGAGGGUGCUCUGGCUGGGGGACUGUGACGUGACAGACGGCGCCUGUGGAGGCCUGGCCUCGCUCCUGCUGACCAAUCGCAGCCUGCGCGAGCUGGACCUGAGCAACAACGGCCUGGGUGACCCCGGCGUCCUGCAGCUGCUGGGCAGCCUGGAGCAGUCCGGCUGCGCCCUGGAGCAGCUGGUCCUGUACGACAUCUACUGGACGGAGGUGGUGGAGGAGCGCCUGCGGGCCCUGGAGGGGAGUAAGCCUGGCCUGCGGAUCAUCUCCUGACGCCCCUCCCCGGACGGCCCUCCUACCACGAGGAGUCCUGGCUUUAACCGAGAGAAGAGCUUAAAUCAGCUCAUUUUUGGGAGAGCAUUUUAGGCACUUUAUUAAAACGCUUUUCUGGCAGGA